AUGGCUGCAAAUGGUGAUAAGGAUAUCGGCGACUUGCUAGAGCAUUUGUCGAUAGCCGAGAAAGCGGGAAAGCAAGAGAAUGUCUCCAAGGUUGAGACAGAACCAAGUGCCGCCGAAGACACUGUUGAAAAACCCGCCGAGAAGGAAGAAAGUCCUUCAAACGACACAUCAAAGACGCAAGCGGAAGCCGAGAGCGUAGCUGAGCAAUCCAAUGAUGUGAGGGCUGAAGAGACAAAGGCCGAGGAUUUAAAGGAGGAUUCAAAAGAAGAGCCUAAAAAAGAAGACAAAACAGACGCAAAGGAGACUAAGGUUGAGUCCAAAGAAGAUGAACAAGCAGAAGUGAAGGAAGACACUAAGAUUGAGGAUUCGAAGGAAGAGCCUAGGCAGGAGGAAAAGGCUGAUGGGAAGGAAGAGAUAGACGAAGAGAAUUCGAAGGAGGAGACCAAAGAGGGUGAAGCAGCAGCCGUGAAAGAAGGGUUGAAGGCGGAGACGCCCAAACCUGUGGAGGAGAAGAAGAGAGACAACAAAAUUGACCUCGAUGAGGCCAACAAAGACAUCGAGGAACCAGACACGAACUUGAUCAAUUCGACAUACGAGGUGAAAGUGAAGUUGGCUGACUUACAAGCAGACCCCAAUUCGCCAUUGUUCUCCGUCAAGAGAUUUGAGGAUUUGGGUUUAAGUGACGAGCUCUUGAAAGGCUUGUAUGCAAUGAAAUUCAACAAGCCAUCUAAGAUUCAAGAAAAGGCCUUACCUCUUUUGUUGAGAAAUCCGCCAAUGAAUAUGAUUGGGCAAUCACAAUCAGGUACCGGUAAAACAGCUGCGUUUUCCUUGACAAUGUUGAGCAGGGUAGAUGUUAAAAUCAGAGCCCCCCAGGCUAUCUGCUUAUCCCCUGCUAGAGAAUUGGCCCGCCAGACACUUGACGUGAUUCAGGCUAUGGGCAAAUUUACUGAAGUCACAUCAAGACUUGUUAUUCCAGGCACGUACGAUAGGGAUUCUAGGUUUGAGGAGCACAUUUUAGUGGGAACGCCGGGCACGUUGAUUGACUUACUUAGAAAAAAACGUGUGAAUCUCAAGUAUGUGAAGGUAUUUGUCCUUGACGAGGCAGACAAUAUGUUGGAUGCUCAGGGGUUAGGUGACCAGUGCGUCAGGGUUAAAAAGAUGUUACCAACCAAUACCCAACUUGUUCUUUUUUCCGCUACCUUCCCCUCCGAGGUUCGUGAAUAUGCUGAAAGGUUUGUUCCAAACGCAAAUUCUUUGGAGCUUAAACAGGAGGAGCUCAAUGUCGCUGGUAUCAAGCAGCUCACAAUGGAUUGUGACGGCGAGCAGAACAAAUUCGAAGUGUUGUGUGAAUUGUACGGCUUACUUACCAUUGGUUCUUCCAUCAUUUUCGUUAGGACAAGGGAUACGGCAGACAAAGUAGCUGCUGGCAUGAUAAGGGAGGGCCAUAAGGUCUCUGUGCUUCAUGGUAAUUUGGAAAAUGAUGUGAGAGAUCGUUUGAUAGAUGACUUCAGAGAGGGAAGGUCCAAGGUGUUGAUUACUACAAACGUGUUGGCCCGAGGAAUCGAUAUAGCAUCUGUGUCGAUGGUGGUGAACUAUGAUGUUCCUGUUGACAAGGAUAACAGACCAGACCCCUCUACGUACUUGCACAGGAUUGGAAGAACCGGUAGAUUUGGUCGUGUUGGUGUGUCUGUGUCCUUUAUCCACGACAGAAGGUCUUACGAGCAGAUGGAGUACAUCAGACAGUACUUUGGCGUACAAAUGACAAGAGUCCCAACAGAUGACAUGGACGAGGUCGAAAGAGUUGUCAAGAAGGUGAUCAAGGGUUAA